AUGACUAGGAGUCAUGAAGUUGAAGCAAUCUCUCCUGUUUGGAGCCAUGGGUCAGUUUUUCUCCAAAUCUUCCAAAAAAAAAAAGAUCAGGAUCUCAGCUAUGAUUUUGAUGAGUUUUUAAAGACAGUCAAGGAUGAAAGCAGAAUUCUCUCUCAAAAAUACAUCAUUUUGAUCCGGUCAUAUCUGGGGAGGCAGGACAUCCGGAGGGCAGUUUCUACAAUCCAGGCUGCACUGAAAGAAAUUGAGAGUGCCCCAGUUUAUGUGGCCGUGACAGGUGAGACAGGUUCAGGGAAGUCAUCUUUCAUCAACGCCCUGAGAGGGGUCGGGCAUGAAGGAGACGAUGCGGCCCCCACUGGGGUGGAGGAGACAACCAAGGAAAGAGUUCCAUACAAGCACCCAAGGAGUCCCAGAGUGACACUGUGGGACUUGCCAGGCAUAGGCACCAGUACUUUCCCAGCACACAAGUAUCCGGAGGAAAUGAAAUUUGGUGAGUAUGACUGCUUUAUUAUCACUUCCUGUACACGCUUCAAGGAGAAUGAUGCACAGCUGGCCAAACUGAUCCACAAAAUGAAAAAGAAUUUCUAUUUUAUUCGAACUAAGGUGGAUAAUGAUUUAUAUAAUCAGAAAAAGUCUAAACCUCUGACAUUUGAUCAAGAGAGUCUCUUAGAAAAGAUCCGAAAAGACUGUCUAACACACCUGCGGGAGGCUGAGGUGAGUGACCCUCGAGUUUUCUUAGUCUCCAGUCAUGAUACAUCUGAGUAUGAUUUUCCAGUCCUGGAGAACACCCUGUUGAAGGACCUCCCAGCUGAAAAGCGCCACAACUUCAUGGUCUCCCUGCCCAGUGUUACAGAGGCUGUUGUUGAGCGUAAGAGGAAUGUCCUUAUGCAGAAGAUUUCUCUGGAAGCCGUUUCAGAUUAUUUAUCUCACUCCAUUGCUUUUCCUGGGUCCAUUGAUGAGAAUGAUGAAGAGAUGCUGGUGCACACCCUAAACAGGUUUAGAACCUUCUUCGGAUUGGAUGAUGCAUCCCUCAGAAGGAUGGCUGAGAUUUUGAAUAUGUCCUUGGAGGAAAUAAAGUUGAGCAUCCAUUCUGCAAAUUUUUUAACAUGUCAGGAAAAUCACCGAAAAUUAGCAAAUAUCCUGACACAUCACUUUUCAGCCAGUGGAAACAUCUUUUUCCCUGCCAUAUGUAUCACAAAGAGAGUUGCUUUUCAGUUACAUAUUCUCAACCUAGUGGUGGAAGAUGCGAAAGCUAUCAUAAAAAAUGAAAAGCUUUUCAGAGCACACAGAAACCGGCACUCACUUGAGCCCCUCCCAGAAAGGGUGAAGCAGAGAGAAGGACUUAGAUCUAUAAAGAAUAGAGCAGUGAGGAGGUCCAGACUCCAGAAGAAAUUCCCAAAUCAUCGGAAGGUCCUUUUCCAGCAACUCUUCUCUCCGUCUCUCCCUGCUCUUCCACUGCAACCCCAAACCCUCCACAACUUCUGUCCAUGCUUCCUGAGCAAAGGGUGUCUGGAUUUGCAUUUUGGAACAUCCCAGGGGGAUCUGCUUCUGCCUGGGAGGACAGAGAACCUUCCCCAGGGAGGGGGUGACGUCCCAGGAGUGCCCCUGACCCCUGCAAGGAUCACCCUCUGCUUCCAGGAGCUGGUCACCCCACUGCUCAUAGAUAUGGAAGAGUCCCCAGUGUCCCCUCACACUCCAUUAUCUGCAUCCUUCACUUCUGCUGUGCCAAACCGUUCACGCAGGAGCGUUCCAGGUGAGGCAAAGGUCUUGAGUAUUGAGAAGACUUGGGCAGAUGGGCGGUUACCACAGAUGGUUUCUCUGGUCAGAGAGACUGUGAGGAAAUCAUCCUGCAUAACUCUGGACAUCGCAGUGAUGGGGGACUCUGGCAAUGGCAUGUCCUCCUUCAUCAACGCACUGAGGGGCAUCGGGCAUGAGGAGGAGGCCGCGGCUCCCACUGGGGUGGUGAGAACCACCCUCACUCGUGCCUGCUACUCAUCCUCGCAUUUGCCCUAUGUGCUGCUGUGGGACCUGCCCGGCACAGGGGCUACCACCCAAAGCCUGGAGAAUUAUCAGCAGGAAAUGCAGUUCAGCCUGUAUGAUCUCUUCAUCAUCAUCACAUCUGAGCAGUUCAGCAAGAAUCAUGUCAGGCUUGCCAAGGCCGUCGAGUGCAUGGGAAAGAAGUUCUACGUGGUGUGGACCAAGCUGGACAGGGACCUCAACACGAGUGCCCUCAGGGAGGAAGAGCUCCAGCAGAAUAUCCGAGGAAAUAUCCUGGAAAAUCUCCAGAAGGAAUGGGUGUGUGAACCCCCCAUUUUCCUGGUUUCCAGCCUUGACCCUUCAUUGCACGACUUCCCAAAGCUUAGGGACACAUUGCAAAAGGACCUCACCUACCUCAGGUGCCGUGGUCCCCUACAGAACCUGUUCCGUACCUGUGAGAAGAUCAUUGAUGACAAAGUGACCUCCCUGCAGGAGAAAAUAGGCACAAAGUCUUUCCAGAACACCCUUGGCAUCAGGAACGCAGAUAAUUUCGAAGAGUGUCUGAAAGCCUACCACUGGCACUUCGGGGUUGAUGAUGAAUCUCUCCAGCUGGUGGCACAGACAACAGGGACAGCCUUUCCCGAGUACAAGGCCAUCAUGAAGUCCCAGGAUAUUCGGACUGUCAACAAAGCUAACUGGAAACUGACGCUCAUGAAUUUUUUUGUCAUUCGAGCUUUCCUCUGCCUUCUUAGCUGCAUCCCUUUCUUCGGUACAUUUGUCAUCCGUUCCUUCAGGCAGCUGAAACAAAAACAGCUCCUUGUGAUAGUUGCCGAGGACACCAAGAGCAUCUUGAGCAAAGUCCUGAAAGACUCCAUCCCACAUGAAGGCCACCUUGGGAAAAGUCCACCAGGUUUCUUCACCAGAUUCUUUCCUCAGUGGGGUACUUUUUCCUCUGUUGGAAAACAAAGAUACUAAACUUAACACUUUCUGCUUAUUUCUAAAGCCUGUAGAUUGCUUGAAAGCAAUUAGGAAAAUUGUUCAUCCUUCUACUGCCAAUUACAGUGUACAGUGUUUGUUGAAAUCAUUAAAUAUGCUUCCAUGGAUUGUAAUAUGGAAAUUUUCUUUCAGUUAAAAAUAUCAAGUAUGUCCUGCUCAGUCUCCUUUUUUCCUAAUACGUUAACGUUAAUAUCAUUUAUCCUCAUUAAAGAUUUUUCAUUCACUCUU